AUGGCCGUCCCAACUCCCGUUUGGUUCAUCACCGCCGCCUCCUCUGGCUUCGGACAUGAACUAUCCAUGAUUGCCCUCAAGCGCAGCCACAAGGUCAUUGCUACCGCCCGCAAGACAUCUCGCAUCCAGGACCUCGCCGAUGCUGGCGCCGACACUAGGGCCUUUGACGUCACGUCGCCUCUCAGCGACAUCGAGGCCCUCGCCAAAGACGUCUUUGCCAAGUACGGCCGCGUCGACUACCUGAUCAACGCUGCUGGCUACAUCCUUGCUGGCGCUGUCGAGGAAGCGACCCCUGAGCAGGUGUACGACUCCUUCAACACCAACGUCUUUGGCACCAUGAACACCGUCAAGGCGUUUCUGGCGGGCAUGAGGGCGCAACCCAAGGGCGCAAACGACACGCGCGGGACCAUUGUGACGUUUGGCAGCAUCGGCAGCUGGCGAGGAGGCGCGGGCUUCCCAGUCUACGCCAUGACCAAGUCGUGCAUGUCGUCGCUCGCCGAGUCGCUCAAGCAGGAGGUUGCGCCGUUCGACAUUGUCGCCACCGUCGUCGAGCCGGGCUACUUCCGCACCAACUUCCUGAACCCGGACGUCAAGGUCAUGACGCCCGUUAUCGACGCCUACGACGAGACCACGCCGACGGGCCAGAUGCGGAAGGCUCUGGAGCGCACCGACGGCAACCAGCCGGGAGACGUGAGGAAGGGCUGCGCGGUGAUUGUGGAUGUGCUGACGCAGACGGGCGUUGGAGAGGGCAAGCAGGUUCCGGUGCGGAUUUGCCUGGGGCCCGAUGCAGAUGCGUUUAUCCGGAGCAAGUGCAGCGAUACGAUCCAGCUGCUGGAUGAGUGGAAGGACGUGACUCUGAGUACUGAUCACACUGAUUAG